AUGUCACAAGCUGGAGAACAACAGGCCGACAAAGGAGCGGUCGAAAAAUCGCAGACCCACGGAUCGCAGUCCGAUGAAAGACGGCCCGUGGAACCGCAGACUGACGAAUCACAGUCUGAAGAAUCGCAGGCCGACGAAAGACAGUCUGAAGAAUCGCAGACCAAGGAAUCGCAGACCGAGGAAUCGCAGACCAAAGAAUCGCAGGCCGACGAACCACAGUACGAUGAACCACAGCCUCCAGAAGUGCAGACCAAGGGAGCACAGGCCGAUCAACGACAGGCAGAAGAAGAGCGUCUCGAGCGCGAGAGGGCCAGUAGAAAUAAACUUUGGAGCGCCUACAUCGCCGAGGCGCAAAACUACGAUCAGGGUCUCCUCGAAGGCUGGCGCAGCGAGAUGGAUGGUCUGCUGAUCUUUGCCGGUCUCUUUUCGGGCGUUAUCACGACUUUCAUCAUUGACAGUUACAAGACCCUGAACCCCGACUCGCGCAGCCAGACCGUCGUGCUCCUUCGCCAGACCGUCAUACUUCUCACCCAGAUCUCGCAACAACUUGCGAACAUGAACAACGGGACUGCGAUGGCGGACGCACUGCCUCCCGCCGCUGCCUUUUCGCCGCCGGUCUCCUCUCUCGUCUGCAACGCACUUUGGUUCACCAGCCUCGCAUUAAGCUUGUCGAGUGCAUUCAUCGCGAUGCUGGUCAAGCAUCGGGCGCAAGACUUUCCCCACCGCACGGCCAUGUUUCCCACCGUCUUCACCCAGUCGUGCAUGUGCAUGUGCCUUCACGGCGGUUCGCGACGCUUCAAUGCCAAGGUCCCUCUCCUUCUCCUGCACGCGGCACUGGUCCUAUUCUUUAUGGGUCUUGUGGCGUUUCUUGCGCCCGUUAGCGUCAUCGUCAUGAGCAUGUUUGCCACUAUCCUCCUCUUCUUCACUGUUUUCUAUGGGAUAUUCACUGGAUAUCCAUCCUUGCUUGGGAUCGCUCACACUAAUCCGUUCGGGCCUGCCUCUACUGUACUGAUGUUUGACAAAGUUUAA